CACGGUGCUAAAAUGCAAAGAUCAGCAAUACACAUUUCACAACAACAGCGUCAAGCAUGGCGGACGGCGGCCGGGACCUUCCCUUCAAGUCAGAAUAUGCAAAGAGUGGCCGAUCUUCGUGUAAAGCAUGUUCACUUUCGAUUUCCAAGGAUUCUUUGCGUUUGGCUAUUAUGGUUCAGUCACCUAUGUUCGAUGGAAAGAUUCCAAAUUGGUUCCACUUUGCCUGCUUUUGGAAACGUGCCAGAGUGGAAGAUGCUAACCACAUCCAUGGAUUCGAUGCCCUACGCUGGGAAGAUCAAGAAAAGAUAAAAGAGAAAGUUGCAGCAGGAGGAGGAGGAGGCGGUGGUGGUGGAGGAGAUGCCGGAGGUGCCACAUCGGGUGAUUAUGAAACAGAGUAUGCAAAGUCUGGUCGCAGUGGCUGUAGAGGGUGUGGCGACAACAUAGCAAAGGGUGCUGUAAGGAUUGCCGUGAAAGACUUUGAAAGUCAAAGAGCCAAGUUAUAUGGUCCUCAAAAUCUAUGGUAUCAUGUUGACUGUUUCGUGUCGGAAAGAGAAGACUUGGAAUUUACUACAGAUAAAAACCCAGAUAAAAUUAAAGGUUUCAAUCGGUUAAAGAAAGAAGAUCAAGAGGAAUUAUUUACGAAGCUGGGAAAAGGUGAAAAAAUUAAGAAGCGAAAAGGAGAUGCAAAGGGAGAUGCUGGCGGCAAAAAGGCAAAGAAAGAAGAAACAGAGGAGGAAAAACAGCUUCGGGAACAAAGUCAGCUUAUUUGGAAGAACAGAGACCUUCUAUCAAAGAGUGUAUCAAACAACGCCAUCAAAGUCAUGUUACAACUAAAUAAUCAGGAACUACCAACCGGUGAAAGUAGACUCCUUGAUGCCUGUGCUGAUGCUUUGGUGUUUGGAGCUCUUGAAAAAUGUCCAGAGUGCAAGAAGGGACAGCUUGUUUACUCAGCUGUUGGGUACAAAUGUUCAGGGGACAUGACCGAAUGGACCAAAUGUAUGUAUAUCACAAAGACGCCCAAAAGGAAGACCUUCAAAAUUCCCAAGGAGUACCAUGAUGUCCCAUACCUAAAAAGUUUCAAGUUUCAGAAAAGAGAACGAUUAUUUAAUUCUGCUGCAGUAGCAAGCUCUCUUGAGGGUUCCAUGGAUACAAUGGAUUCUGGAGCUGGGCCAUCUUCAUCCACACAAUCAUUGGAGGGAAUGAAGUUUGUUAUAACAGGAAAAACGGCAAAACCUAAAGAGGAGCUUGCUCGGGAGAUCACUCGACUAGGAGGAUUUGUUGUAGAUAAAGUAUCAUCUGAUGUGGCAGCUUGUAUUACUACAAAGAAGGAGGUAGACAAAAAGUCGAGGACAAUAAAAGACGCUGAAAAGGCUGACAUCCACGUGGUGGACGAGGGAUUCCUGGAAAGUGUACAGAAAGGUGGCGCUUUACUCAUGAUCCAGAGUCACUCGCUAGCCACAUGGGGUGCAGACCCAACAUUGCGUGUCAGCUUGCCAUCUUCAAGUAAGAGUGGUGGAAAGAAGAGCAGCAAGAGUUUAGGUGCUUACAAAGCUGCCGCAGAGAAGAUGUACACAAAGAGUGUCCCCAAAACCAUGAAGAUGACGGUGAAGGGUGGUGCUGCUGUAGACCCGGACUCAGGACUGGAGGAUGCUGCACACACCUUGGAGGACAAGGGCAACAUAUACAAUGCUGUCUUGGGGAUGGUAGAUGUUGUCAGGGGAACAAAUUCUUUUUACAAAAUUCAAGCCCUGGAGCAUGAUGGUGGCAAAAAGUGGUGGUUGUUCCGAUCUUGGGGAAGAGUGGGAACAACAAUCGGGAGCAAUAAGCUGGAAAAGUUCAGUUCUCGAGAAGCAGUCAUUAACGCCAUGCAAUCCUUAUAUCUGGAAAAAACUGGCAAUCAGUGGGAUGACAGAAAAAACUUUGUAAAGCAGGCCAACAGGUUCUACCCUCUGGAUAUUGAUUAUGGUCAAGAGGAUGAAGCUGUAGUGACCACACUCAAGGCAGGUGGAACAAGAUCGAAGCUUCCCAAGCCAGUUCAGGAUCUUAUCUGUAUGAUAUUUGAUGUGGAAAGUAUGAAGAAAGCCAUGUUGGAGUUUGAGAUUGAUUUGAAAAAGAUGCCACUUGGGAAGUUAUCGCAGAAACAAAUACAGUCUGCUUAUACUGUGCUGUCUGAGCUAACAACGCUGAUCACGACUGGCGGCACUCAGACCCAGUUCCUGGACGCUACAAACAGAUUUUACACGCUGCUACCUCACGACUUUGGAAUGAAGAAGCCGCCAUUGAUUAACUCCUUAGAGGUUAUAAAGGCAAAGACAGAAAUGAUCAACAACCUACUGGAAAUAGAAGUGGCCUACAGCAUGCUGAAGGGAGGCGAUACUGGGGAAGAUCCCAUUGAUGCUCACUACAGGAAGCUGAACACUGAAAUCGAGCACUUGGAUCUUGCAUCUGAGGAGAGCCAGAGGUUGUUAGAUUAUGUGAAGAACACUCACGCUGCAACACAUAACCAGUAUGAUUUGGAGGUGUUGGACAUCUUUCAAGUCAUUCGAGAUGGAGAGAAGUCGAGAUAUUCACCGUUCACAGACCUUCCUAACCGCCAGCUGUUGUGGCAUGGUUCCCGCACUACCAACUACGCUGGUAUCCUUUCUCAAGGUCUGAGGAUUGCCCCGCCAGAGGCUCCUGUGACUGGCUACAUGUUUGGUAAAGGUGUGUAUUUUGCGGACAUGGUAUCAAAAAGUGCCAACUAUUGCCGAACGUCGAAGAAUGAUCCAGUUGGUGUGCUGCUCCUGUGUGAGGUUGCCCUUGGAAAUAUGUACGAGAGGUAUGGAGCAGAUUACAUUGACAAGCUACCUAAAGGGAAACACAGCUGCAAAGGUAUUGGUAUGACUUGCCCAGACCCGUCGGGAUCUUAUACCCUUCCAGAUGGAUCGGUGAUUCCCAUGGGUAAGGGUGUUUCCUCCACCCAGGGGAGGUCCAGUCUCCUGUACAAUGAAUUCAUUGUCUAUGAUGUGGCACAGAUCAACAUGAAGUACCUCCUCAAGGUCAACUUCAAACAUAAAUGGUAAUCACAGAGAGGAAACCUCCCAAAUCCCUCUAAUAAGCCUGCACAACAACAAAGUCUCGACGUUAAGUGGACUGGGAAAUACAAGGCAUAUUUGUAACAUUAUACAACAGAAUCUUUGUAAUCUCUGUCUUAUUUUGGUAUUGAGAGACAAUUCCUGAAAUACUAUGAUAGUACUUUUACUGUAGUGAUUCUUGUACAAAAUUGAGAGCUUCAUUAAUGGUGAAAUUCUGUCCAGAUGCUGUUUUCAUUCUGAAGAUGAGGCAUCUCUCUAGAGACACAGAACAAAUCUCGGAACUGUCACACUGUUGAGCAAACAGAAUGUGUUGCAUUGAACAAACAAUGUGUUGCAUUGAACAAACAUAAUGUGUUUCAUUGAACAAACAUAAUGUGUUGCAUUGAACAAACAUUAACAAACAUAAUGUGUUGCAUUGAACAAACAGAAUGUGUUGCAUUGAGCAAACACAAUGUGUUGCAAACCUAUAGGAACUGUCGAGAUGUGGAACAUUUAUGAAUAUGCUGAGCUGUAGAGCAAAUCUAGAAGCUGCAUGAAAUCUACUUUAAGAAGACCAUGACACGGUGACCAAGCAGCCCUUGAAGGGUUUAGGUAUUGAUGCUGUGCUAUUAUUACACAUUAAAUCUAGUUCUGUGUAAGUCGACAGAAUAUGAUGUCAUGUUUUACUGUUACUUCAUCUGUUGUUGUCCAUUCGUUGUUUUCGUCAUAUUUGAAAUUUAGUGAUUUUCUUUUGGAACAUCUUCAAUAAGUAUAUCUGUUACUGGUGGAUGUCAAGUUAGUGCUUUGUUGGUGUUUUUGUUUCAUGUUUAGAUAUCAGUUGUAUACGCAACAGUGUAAAAGGUUUUACCUAGUCUUGAAGUAUUACCAUGAAAGUGGUAUUGGAAUUUGAAGUGAAUGACAAAGUCUUUGUUCAUAAACUGUAUUUUUUAAGGUUGUGUGAUUAUGUGAACUUUAACUGAAUUAUCAGUUUGAAGUGAACAUCAGUUUAUUUUCAACUAACUUUUUCUAUACAUUUAUAUGAACUCCUUUAUGUAAAGUCUCUUUAAGAUCUGGUUGUAAAUGAAAGAUUGAUCAUGGAGUAAAGUAUCAAUAAUAAUAGUUACUGAAUUAUGGAACCUUUCGUUUAAGUACCUAUACCAACAGAUCUAUUGAUAACAAAUAUAUUAAUAAAUGAUUAUGAUGU